AUGACGUGGAUCAGAGCUCCGUCUGUGAUUGGUCUAAACGUGUUGAAGGCGUUGAACUACCGUCUGAAAGAUCAACGAUGUGAGCUAAAUAAUGCCACCAAAGACCAGUAUCCUGAUAACUUUGUCGACGAGUAUGGCAAGGUAUACUAUGACGAUGAUGUGAACACCCCUCACUCCUCCCUGUUCGUAGGAAGUACUUGUAACGAGCUCCUUGAGGCAGGUUUUGAGAGCGGUAUCUACACUAUCUUUCCCAGUGGUGGGUUCCCGGAGGGUCUCUCAGUCUACUGUGACAUGACAACCACUGGAGGAGGAUGGAUCGUCAUUCAAAGGCGCCUAGAUGGAAGCUUUGACUUCUACCGGGACUGGGCGGACUACCGGGCAGGUUUUGGCAACUUGACGGGUGAAUUUUGGCUUGGAAACGAUAACCUACGCGCCUUGACCGAGUCGGAAGGAACAUGGCAGUUCCGUGCUGAAGCGGAAGAUUGGAAUGGCGAAAAAGUUUGGUCAGAGUAUGGUGUUUUUCGAGUUCACGGAGAGAACUUCGCGCUCUUUUUCGAUGUACAAACCGAUAGCAGGUCAGAUAACACUAACGAACUACGUAUUUUUCUAGAUAACGAAAUGUCGUUCAGCACAAGGGACAGGGACAAUGACAUCAGAGCGGAUGGACACUGCGCCCAACGAUACAAAGGAGGUUGGUGGUAUGCCACGUGCUGGAUUUCUAACUUAAACGGUGUGUAUUAUGACGGACCAAUGGAAGCUGAAGAUGGUAUCGUACUGUACAGAUGGAAGAACAGUUAUGACACAGUAAAAAAAUGUAGCAUGAAAAUUCGCCGUGUAUAA